AGCAGGAUUCUCAAUACGGGCAUUUCAAUAUUCCCAUUGAUAAGGAAUAAUACCAGACAAAAGGCUUCUUUGCUUGUAUCUAUAUUAUAUACUCACAUUAUCCACAAAUAGUUUGGUUGUCUUGUUCUCGUCGACAAACGGCAGUUCCCGCAUCAGCAUCAGCACUCGGCAGCCAAAACUCGACACUCGACACUCGCCAUUCGCCACUCGACACUCGACACUCGAUUCUUUAUACUCGAUACUCGGCUGUUGUCCCAGAGGAUCUCCUUAUAAGCUCAUUCCAAAUGUUGCGCAGUGUGAGCCACGUGCAACUGCUCCUUCUGAUGGCAAUCGUUUUGGUGGCGGCAAAACAGGACAGUUCAACGCGUCAAUUCGGUGGCCAGAACUUUGGCAACGGCCUGGCUCCCUCCUUCGGUCCAGGGCCUGGGGCCGGCGGGUUUGGACCUGGACCCGGAGCGGGAGCGGGAGCGGGAGCAGCCGGAUAUCCGGGACAGGGCGGCUACGGACCACCGCAGCAGCCGGGCUGCCCGCUGUGCGACUCGUCGGUUUACUCGUACUGCUCGCACAAGAUGGUACACGAUGCCUGUUGCUGCGAUUUUGCAGGCGGUGCCCCCCAGUUGAGACCACCCCAGUGUUUGUACUACGACUGCUCGCUGCUGUAUGCCAAAUCCUGUUACGAGCACGCCCUCAUCAAGAACUGCUGCUGCAAUAAUCCCUACUGAUGCGCCCAAUUAUCGGAAAAAUCGGGAAAUAUUGGAAAUGCGAAAUUGGAAAUGGAG